UUGUCGCCUCGCUGGUUCGCUUUCUCCUAACUCCCCCACGUCUCGCCACACCAAUGGAGCCGCCACCGCCGCCAGCGGCGAUUCCCCGGGAGGCGUGGGAGGGCUGCAGCGUCCUCCUCGACAUCAACGACGGCGACCGCCUUGCCUUCUUCCGCCUCACCCCCGCAGCGACGGUGAAGAUCGGGAACAAGACCUGCUCGCUGCAGCCGCUCGUGGGGCGCCCUUUCGGCUCCCUCUUCCGCGUCGGUGCUGACGGGCUCGUCCCCUGCGCCGCCGCAGAUGCCCCAUCCCGUGAUGAUAGCAUGCAAGAUGGUGCCGACGGCCAAGUGAGGGAUGAAACCAGGGACAAUAGGUCCCUGGUUGAUAAUAAUACAGCCCAGAAUUUAUCUAGCGAUGACAUAGAGGCAAUGAAGAGGGAUGGUGCAACUGGUGAUGAGAUUGUGGAAGCUUUGAUAGCGAAUAGUUCAACAUUUGGAAAGAAAACUGUAUUCUCACAAGAGAAAUACAAGUUAAAGAAACAAAAGAAAUAUGCGCCUAAAGUUCUUUUGCGACGCCCCUCUACCCGAAGCAUUUGCGAGACAUACUUAAAGAAAAGUCCAGCUCGAAUAGGGUUUAUGCGAGUUGACACACUAUCGCUCUUAUUGUCUAUGGCAAACAUUGGUCCAUAUUCAGAUGUGCUUGUGGUUGAUAUGGUUGGAGGCUUAAUUGUUGGAGCUGUUGCUGAACGUUUAGGAGGUACAGGAUAUGUUUGCAGCACAUAUCUUGGUACAGCACCCAGCUCCAUAGACAUUAUAAGAAUGUACAAUCUGAGCAGUGAUAUGGUCAGCAGGAUUGUUCAGGUGCCACUUAGUGAACUAUGCUCAAUUCAAAGUUCUGGGAAUACCCCUUCUGUUCUCAAUGGUAACGCUGAAGGGGAGGUGGUCGAACCUGCUGUAGUACAAGAUGAGGAUGCACAGGCAUCUCUAGCACAGGCAGUUGACACAGCAGAUGAGAAGGCGCAGUUAUCAACAGAACAAACAACUGAUAUGGAGGUCUCGAACCCUUCUUUGGAUGUUCAAGAUGAAAACUCUUCAUUUGAAUGCAAAGGUGGUGAUGGUGAUUCAAUUGCCUCCAAAUCUAAACCUGGAAAAGCACCAUCACCAGAGAAGAUGAAAUAUUGGAAUGAACAUGGCUUUAGCAGUUUAAUUGUUGCUGCCCCGAGCCAUGAGGUAGAGAGUUUUGUUGCUGAUCUGCUUCCGUUAUUGUCUUAUUCAGCUCCGUUUGCUAUCUAUCAUCAAUAUCUUGAGCCUCUUGCAAAGUGCAUGCACACCUUGCAGGUAUCAAAAAGGGCUAUUGGAUUGCAGCUUUCGGAACCCUGGCUACGUGAAUACCAGGUGCUUUCAUCACGGACUCACCCUCACAUGCAAAUGAAUGCAUUUGGCGGUUAUAUCUUGAGUGGCAUGAGGAUUCAAAGUGAACAAGUGAGUCAUCAAUAAGUCAUGCUUCCGUCCCUUAAGGAGGAGCACACCAUUGUGUAAUUUUUGUGCUACCUGAAAAGGUGGACAAAAUUUUUGUAGUCGAGAGAGGAGCUAAUGUGCUAUGUGCAUGUUAAAAGGAAUGUGUUAUCAGACAGAAAUUUCCAUGCUUACUAUGGAUAACAUUGAGUAGAAGGAAAUGAGCAUUGCUGCCUAGAUGCGCUCACAUCCUUGUAGCCUGUAAUAUGAUAAUUGUUGUACUUUAAAAAUUCUGGAGGAUUCAAACUGAACUUGUACAUUUUUGAAUCAUUUGAUGCGUCCAGUUGUAGUAUUUGCGGGGAA